AUGGCAUGCGCGCUCCUCAACGGUCGAGCGGUGCCGUCCUCACCUCGGCUCAUCCCGACCUGCCUGUGCGUGUUUUCCUUCCUCGUGACAUACCUGUGCUACUCUGCACUGUUUUCUGCUGAUGCGGUCAUCAUGCAAACGCCGGGGGACCUGCCGCGCGGCUGCCGGCGCUCUCCGGUUGACGGUGGCGGGAAAAGGCGCCUCCAGAAAUCGGUCUCGUGCGUUUUACCUUUCGAGGAGGGGGAGCGCGACCCUGUGCGUGUGCUACCCCGCCGGAACGAUACGCUGAGCUCCCCGCCUGUGACCGCAAAGUUUGGGAAUAAGAAGUUACCGAAUGCCAUCAUCGUCGGCGUGAAGAAGGGCGGCACGCGCGCAGUUCUGGAGUUUAUCAGGAUUCAUCCUGACGUGCGCGCGGUCGGCACCGAGACUCACUUCUUCGACCGGAACCACGACCGCGGACUGGACUGGUACAGGAGCCUGAUGCCUCGGACCCUGGAGGGCCAGAUCUCCAUGGAGAAGACCCCCAGCUACUUCGUGACCGCCGACGCCCCUCGCCGCAUCGCCGCCAUGUCCCGCCACACCAAGCUCAUCGUGGUGGUCCGCGACCCGGUCACCCGCGCCAUAUCGGACUACACCCAGACCCUGACCAAAACGCCGGACCUGCCCAGCUUCCAGGAGCUGGCCUUCCUGAACCAGAGCCAGGGUCUGGUGGACGUCUCGUGGAACGCCAUCCGCAUCGGCCUGUACGCCCUGCACCUGGAGUGCUGGCUGCGCCACUUCCCCCUGGAGCAGAUCCACUUCGUCAGCGGCGAGCGGCUCAUCACCGACCCGGCCGGCGAGCUGGGCCGGGUGCAGGACUUCCUGGGCCUGAAGCGCAUCGUUACCGACAAGCACUUCUACUUCAACCGCACCAAGGGCUUCCCCUGCCUGAAGAAGCCCGAGAGCAGCGUGUCGCCGCGCUGCCUGGGCAAGUCCAAGGGCCGCACCCACGUCCAGAUCGACCGCGAGGCCGUCGAGCAGCUCCGGGACUUCUACCGGCCGCACAACGUCCGCUUCUAUGAGAUGGUGGGGUUUGACUUCAGAUGGGACUAACCCAGGGGGCGAAUGCUGAGAGUUAUCGGAGAGAAUCCGGCCAGCUCUGCUCAUUCCAACUUCCGAAAAGAAAUAUCCAAUCUCUUAAUUGAUGUGUAUGUCGGCUGGCCGUCCCCCCAAGGAACACUAAUACAGACGCGAACCAUGAAGUACAAGAUGACCAGGAGAUGUAAUUCCCUCUCUCGCUACCAACCACACAUCUUAAGUCCCCCCCUCCAGCUGUUCUCCCUCAUGAGAUGAGAACACCUGCAAACAAAGUUAAGAUGGGAACAAUUCCAGUAUGAUGGACGCUUAAGAGUGGCACAGAAAGGUUCUUGUCGCAUGGCUUUCAAAAUAAAAGCGCACAAUUAGCUUGUUUCCCAGCUGGGAGGGAAGGCUAGCUGACCUGCGGUUCAUUUCUCCAUACUGGGAACCAGUGUGUGAGCGCUGCUUUGAACACCGAAGAGGGGAGAUUCACUGGCUUCAAUUCCAAAUGUCACGUUAGCUAUUUAGCGGUUCAGGAUGUUAGCUCAUGCUGCUUACCAGCUUCUCCGUUGGCUGACGGGUGGAUUAGGACGAAUCUACGGAUGAGUUGGAUUAGUUCCUGUUGAAACCUGCUGCACUAAUCAAAACAGGGAUUAGAGAGAGACCCUGGAAAUGUCAGAGCUGUCUUCUCGGAGGACUGGCGUGGAGAUGCCUCAACGCUAUACCCUAAGCAGGGUAUAUUUUGGAUUAUAUUCGCUGUAUUCAUAGCAUGAGUAGGAUGUCUUGUGAAUGCAACAACCAACGCUUCAGUCGUAAGGACUUUAUGAUGGCUGUGAUUAUGCAGAAUUAAAACCUUGCUAAUUUUUCUGUAACUUUAAGAUGUAAGAUCUGCUCUCGUAUCAUGUCCACCAACACCUCACGGGCCGCACAUAGCAAACUAAUAAAUGAAU